GGACGGAACGCUUCUUUUCACAGCAGCAACAGUUCGUCAGCCACAUCGGUAGCUUGCUAGACAUAAUAGACGAACCAAUAAAGCUCUUUAGACGCUUUAGUGUAUAUUAACCACCGCAUUUUAAACCCACUUCUGUCGUCUAGUUAGUUAUCCGUUUUAAUUUCAUAUUUACGGUAUUGUUUUCAUUAAUCUAUCGGGCUGGUUAAGUUAGCAUUAGCCUAGCUAGCUAACAUCUCCAACCAUGAGGUCACUAAACUACUCUCUUGUUAAUGAAGAGGAGGGCUGCUGGACGGAGAAAGAAGCUCUGGUGAAAGAGGAGGAGGAAGAGGAGGGUAUCACAGUAAAACAAGAAUUGGAGGGUGAGGCCGUUACUGUGAAACAAGAAGUAGAGGGUGAGGCUGUUACAGUGAAAAAAGAAGAGAAAGACGUUUCAGUGAAAGAAGAGGAAGACGCGUUCAGAGUUAAAGAGGAAGGGGAUUUUACAGUAAAAGAAGAGGAGGAGGAUGCAGCUUUUGGGGUGAAAGAGGAGGAGGGGGAGAUGACUGUCACAUCGAAAAAGGAGGAGGGGGAAACUGGAUAUCUGGGCCCGGUUUCCCAAACGCAUCUUAAGGCAUCCAAUGGUUCUACGGAUGAAUUUAGCCAUAAGAUGGUUUUGAGAGACCGUUCCCUGAUUAACACUAGAGAGAUACAGGACUAUCGUGGAUCCUCUGGGGAGCCUCAACAACCUCAUGAUGCUGAAGAGGCAGAGAAGAGUCCCUCCAGAUCAGAACACCUCAAGAAACGCCUGCAGAGACCCACAGGGAAGAGAACUCACCGCUGCUCUGACUGUGGGAAGAGAUUCACCUCCUCAGCAGGCAUUAAAAUUCAUCAGAGAACACACACAGGAGAGAAACCUUACAGCUGUGUUCAAUGUGGGAAGAGUUUUGCUGCAUCUAGCACUCUGACUCUACACCAGAGAACACACACAGGAGAGAAACCUUACAGCUGUGUUCAAUGUGGGAAGAGUUUUGGUCAAUCUGGCCAUCUGACUCAACACAGGAGAAUACACACAGGAGAGAAAUAUUAUAGCUGUGAUCAAUGUGGGAAGAGUUUUGGUCAAUUUGCAGAGCUGACAGUGCACCAGAGAACACACACAGGAGAGAAACCUUACAGCUGUGUUUUAUGUGGGAAGAGUUUUGGUCGAUCUUGCCAUCUGACUCAACACAAGAGAAUACACACAGGAGAGAAAUCUUUUAGCUGUGAUCAAUGUGGGAAGCGUUUUGGUCACGCUGGAGAGCUGACAGUGCACCAGAGAACACACACAGGAGAGAAACCUUACAGCUGUGUUUUAUGUGGGAAGAGUUUUGGUCGAUCUUACCAUCUGACUCAACACCAGAGAACACACACAGGAGAGAAAUCUUAUAGCUGUGAUCAGUGUGACAAGAGAUACUCUGAUAAAAGAUAUCUGAUCAAACAUCAGAAAAUACAUACAUGAAGGAGUUGAAAUAAUGUCACAAUGUAGAAUGUUUUAACAAUGUAGAAGGAGUAUUUUAAUGAUGUCACAAUGUAGAAUGUUGUGUGUGGUUUUUGAGUUGUUAAUUUUAACAGGACAUGCAACCUCAUCUUCCUCCUCUCGCACAAUUGAUUUUGACAUGAUAUCGAUGAGAUAUGACAUAAGUGUUGCGUUCCUUUGUUUAGCGACCCCUACAUUUUAAAUGCAUCACUCCAAAAUGUAGCUGACUGUCUUCUGCAGGUUGUCCUCUAACCAGUGAGCUUAAAGAUAUCUCCCAUUUCCAUGUGUUUUUUUAGUUGUUAGUUUCAACAGAAAGUACAACCUGAUUUCCCCCCUAAUCGAUUUCAGUGAUUUAUUGCUACUUGUCAAAACAACAGCGUUUUUGGUGCUUUUGUCCAUGGUGAGGACAACUUGGUUUCUGAUUGUCUCAAGGUUGGGCAGUCAAAAAGAUUUGUGUUUUGUGUUAAGCCAGUGCAUUCCAUGGAUCACAAAUAAUGUUGACUUUCCGUAUUAGAGAUGAGUUUUGUUUGGGCUCUUGAGUUUUAGGUAGGGAAAAAAUACACUUUUUUUUCUUGUUUUUAAUUGUUGACAUCCAGUAGACACCAUGUUUAUAUUGUAGUUGAUCAUAAUGUGAAAUGGAAGUUGUUUUCUGUUGGUGGUGCGCAUUCUCUUAAGGUGUUACAGUCUUUGGUUUUUCCAUUUAUGUUUUGAGGUUGGACUUUAGCACGUCUAGCUCGUUAGCACGUAGGGAGAACUGAUUGGUGUCACCUCGUUAGUCAGUAUGUGUUACACCUGUGCUGGCUUGUCCAUGUCGUUAUGGUUGAAUAUUGCAUCCAAAUACCACAUGUUAGGUUUUCAAUUGAUCCCAAACUGUUUCUGCAUAUUGGUUAUUGAUUUGGACACGUUAAACUGUGUUUUGACAUUGGGCUAUCCCACCUAGCAAAAUGUCAUUGAAAAGACAUUGAAAAUAUGACUAUGCAACCAAAUAUUUCAUAUUUACAUUUCAUGUAACAUUUAGUAGUGAUAAUUAUUUAUGCAACCAACUGACAGUUUUUUGGUACAAUUAUAUUGACAUUGUUGCCCUGCUUUUAGAAUAUCAGGGUUAAUUCUCACAUGUGCCAAACCAAAUGUACUAGAGCAUGACAUUGGGGACUGGGCCCCAAUCCAGCAACAUGCCUAUCUAGUGAACCCUGAAAAGAGAGAGAAGCUCCACAGUGAGGUGGAAAGUUACUAUGAAUAUUGCAGGAGUUUCCUCUUGAAAUCAGACACGUCCGUGGUAAGGACAACUUGGUGGUUGAUUGUCUCAAGGGUGGGCAGUCAAAAUGUUUUGCGUUUAGCCAGUGCGUUGCCAUGGAUCACAGUUUAUUUUUACUGCACGUUUUUCCGUUUUGGAGAUGAGUUUUGUUUGGGCUCGUUCCAAGGGGACCAGAGUUCUAGAAGCUAGUGAGUUUUAGGAUUCUUUGUGGGAAUCUUACAAAUUAAUCUUGUUUUUAAUUGUUGUUAGACAGACACCAUGUUUAUAUUGGUGAAGGUGAAGCAUUGUAGUUGAUUAUAAUGUGAAAUGGAAGUUGUUUUCUGUUGGUGGUAAGCAUUCUCUUAAGGUGUUAGUCUUUGAUUUUUCCAUUUAUGUUUUGAGGUUGGACUUUAGCACGUAUAGCUCGUUAGCACGUAUAGCUCGUUAGCACGUAUAGCUCGUUAGCACGUAUAGCUCGUUAGCACGUAUAGCUCGUUAGCACGUAUAGCUCGUUAGCACGUAUAGCUCGUUAGCACGUAUAGCUCGUUAGCACGUAUAGCUCGUUAGCACGUAUAGCUCGUUAGCACGUAUAGCUCGUUAGCACGUAUAGCUCGUUAGCACGUAUGUGGUGUCACCUCGUUAGUCAGUAUGUGUUACACCUGUGCUGUCUUGUCCAUCUCGUUAGUGGGAAGGUGUUUCACCUGAGCUGGUCCAGGUUCUAUUUCAGAGUGUCUGGCCAAGUGCUCCAGUUAUCUUGAUAGAUGUGGAGAGUGAACACCUUUAGUUGAUCCACCUUUUUGGUUUGUUUCCUGUCUUUAAAUUUGGUGUGGGUUUUUCUUUUGUUUGCCUCUUCUUGGGCAGAUUUAGUGGGUCUCAUGGUUGGUGUCUUUUAGGUCCCAGUUGUUGUUACUAGUCACCUUUCAGUCGACACCCCCAUAGUGUCUGAGAACCCCUCCUAAAAAAUAAGCUUAUAUUUUGGGUUGGAUAUUGCAUCCAAUCAAUGGCAUUUCCUUAGAAUGCUCAUUGGUCUUUCAGUUGUUAAUCUUCUGUUUUUUUUAUCCUGAUAUUUUUGUGCACUAAAUAUUUCUGUUUAUUUAAAUAGUUUUCUCCUGUGAAGUUCUUUUGUUUCCCUCCUGGGCAGAUUUAGUGGGUCUCAUGGUGGGUGUCUUUUAGGUCCCAGUUGUUGUUACUAGUCAAUUUUCAGUGGACACUCCCAUAGUGUCUUUCAGAGCCCCUCCUAAAACACCCCCAUAAUGUCUAUCAGAACCACUCCUAAAAAACAGCUUAUAUUUUGGGUUGGAUGUUGCAUCCUAUUAAUAUUUUAAUCAAUGGCAUUUCCUUUCAAUGCUCAUUACUCUUUCAGUUGUUCUUCUUCAGUUUUUUAUCCACUAAUGUUGUGUACUAAAUAUUUAUCUUAGUUUUUUCCUGUGAUGAUGUCAUUGUGUUGCAUCAUGUCUGAAAUGUGCUGUAUAAAUAAAGCUUGAUUUGAUUUGAA